GAGAACUUCCGUGAAUCUCACCCUGCGGAAACUUGGCUUCUCUGAGUAACGGGAGUCGUCGGUUCCGCGAUGGAGUUUGAGGAGGCGAGAGACUUUAAUGAACGAUGUACACAGUGUGCUGCUGUUUCCUGGGGAAUUACUGAUGAAGGAACAUAUUUUUGUACAUCUUGCCUCAAUGUUACAGAAAGGUGUAAGGAGGUUGAAAGUAUUGUGGACUUUACACCUAACACAAAGAUCCAAGCCAUCAGUAGAGGACUUAAAAAAAAAAGGAAACUUGAGAAAGGCUGGGAGUGGUAUGUCUGUGAAGGUUUUCAGUAUGUACUUUAUCAGCAAGCUGAGGCUCUGCUAUCCCUAGGAGUGUGCCCCAAAUUAAAGGAUGAAGUAUUACAUAAUUUUUGGAAGCGUUACCUUCAGAAGAGCAAGCAGGCAUAUUGCAGGAAGCCAGUAUAUUCCAAUGAUAAUAAAUCUGCAGCAUCUGACAGCUGUCUGAGUCUUUCAGGCUUGGAUAGUGAGCCUGAGCUGCUUAGUAUUCGUAGCUGCCCUUCCUCAGAAGGUGAAGCAGGAUCUCAGUCUGAUGUCAGCAGUGGACUGAUUCUUCCCAACAUCAAAACUAUACAAUGUGAAACUACUUCUGUAUGUUCUGGAUCAGUUGAUGGAGUUGAAUACUCAAGGCAGAGGGAAAAAGGAAUUUUGAAGAUGACUCUGCCAAUGACACUUGCAUUCUGCUAUAUGUCAUUACUUUGGCAGAGGGAAACAAUUACCCUUUCAGAUCUCUUGAGAUUUGUAGAAGAUGGUCAUAUUCCCUACAUAAACACUUACCAGAAUUUUCCAGAGGAGAUGAAGUUAUAUGGACAAGACAUAAAAUUUUUUUCCAUUGAGUCUUGGCCUGUCUAUGAAGAUAUAUAUGAAAAAAUGAUUGAACUUGGAAAAUUUUUAGACUUACCUCGUUUUCCAGAUAUAACUGAGAAUUGUUUUCUCCAUCCAGAUAUGUUGUGUAUGAAGUACCUGAUGGAAGCCAAUUUACCUGAUGAAAUGCAUAGCCUGACUUGUCAAGUGACUAGAAUAACUGGCAUGGGAGAAGUGGAUUUCCUGACAUUUGAUCCAAUAACUCAAAAGACAAAGACAGUUAAAUAUGAUGUUCAGGCUGUAGCUACCAUUGUUGUGGUGCUGAAACUACUCUUUUUAUUGAAUGACAAUGUCGAAUGGUCCCUUUCUAGCCUUGCUCAAGAAAAUAACGAAAACAACCAUGAAGGUAAGCCAUGUUUUGACUUCAGAAAGUGGUAUCAGAUUAUGAAGAAAAUAAUUGAUGAGAAACAGCAAAAACAAGAGGAAUUCAGAGCAAAGUAUCUGUGGAAAAGUAAAAAGCCACUGUAUUAUUCAUCAGUAGACAGAUCAGUAGUUUACAAAAGACGACGAAUGGUAGCGAACCUCCAAAAACAAUUUAGCAUAUUGGUUGAUUCAGCACCAAAUCCAGAAAAGAAAAAACCAUCAAGUUUCCAGUUGAACUGGGCAGAAGACCAGAAUACAACUUGCUUCCAUGGACACAGUCUUCAGAAAAUCCUACAAAAGAAAGGAAAAUCAUUAACAACCUUGAACUCACAGUAUUGGCUUAGCACUCAGAAGUUCUGUAAGAGUUACUGUAAACAUGUAACUACCUAUGAAGAAUCAAAUUUUUCUGUGAGCUACCAGUUUGUACUAAAUUUUUUCUCCUUCCUACUGAGAAUAAAGACUUCACUUCUUCAUGAAGAGGUAAGCUUAAUUGAAAAGAGACUUUUUUACAAAAAAUAUGAGAAUAAAAGUAAAGCCUCUAAAUCCAAAAAAGCAAGAAGAUCUUAAGACAGAAGUGGAAAUGAUUUUGAGAAAUUUGCUUCUACAUAUCUUCACAGUGUUUUUGCCACAAAACUGUACUUUAUUACUUCAAAAGAUUUAUUGUUUCAGUGUACACACUCCAUUCAUUACUGCAGAUGACAAGUUGUAUGUAUCUUAGACAUUUUCAUGAGUUGCUGUAAGUCAAAAGUAAAUCCUGGUACCCAGCAUUCCUGUGAUAAACAUCUUCAAACUUAGCCAGGAUGAUCCUUAGGCCUGCUGCCAGGCCCAUCCUUGAAGUGUUGUCAGCUUGAUAUUACCUGCCAGAGCUGGUAUUCUGCUGUCAGAGAGAAUUCAGAGUCACCUCUACACCACGAAGAAGCAUCAAGAAGGACUUAAUGGAAAUAAUAUUGUUAUAAAGUCUUUAUGUUAAAAAUUUAAAUAAAUUAUUGAGGAAUAGCAAAAUAUUAGUGAGAUUAUGUUUUUAUUCACCUGUGAAGCAAACAUUAAGAAUGUCUUACCUCUGUAUUUCCUCUAGUGCUUAGCUUGCACCUUAAUAAAUGUUUGUUGAACCAAAUUAAAACAGAUGGGGGAAAAUUAUUGUGACUUGUAACUUAAUCAUGUGUUGAAUUAACGUAAGAAAGAUUUUUAAAAAUCCAUUUAUAUAUGCAUGUAUGUAUACAAAUGUACAUAUGUAACAUAGUGUUACAUUAAUAUCUUUGUAUAUGUGUAUACAUGUGCACUCAUGCACAUAUAGCUGUGGUGUAGUGGAUAGAGGGCCAUCUUUGAAGUCAGAAAAACCUGAGUUAAAGUCCCUUUUCUGAUACAUCCUAGUUAUGUGAAGUCACUUAAUGUCUUAGUGCCUCUGGAACUAAGACUCUGAGUUGCAGAGCAAAUCAUGGUCUGCAUUGGUGAAUUUCCUCACUGAGACUCCCUAUACCGAUGAAAUUAUAGGUAGUCUUUAAAAUAACAUAAUUAUUUGCAUUCUCCUCUAUUAGUCUAUGAGGUCUUUGAGAGCAGGGACCAUAUUUUUGCUUUUUUUAAAAUUACCAGGGCUUUGCUCAGUGCCUCACGCAUAGGAAGUACUGAUUUAUAAAUGCUUGUUGACUUGACUGAUUGACAGUGCUCACAGACUUAUGUAUUGGAAUAACAGUUGUACUGUAUUAAAAAAAAACCUGUGUCUAAUUUGAACUAUUUAGAAAUGUUCUUUCAGGAAAUGAGUGCCACAGGAGUCAUAUAAAGACUAUAUCUAAAAAUUGUAUUCAUUUUUAAGCAAAAUUAAAAUUGUUAAAGAAUUAAAAUAGAAAACUUUCAUUUGAAUCUAGGUAUUAUGAAAUAGUAUGAAGUAUUAUAUGAAGCAUAAGGGAGGCAUACAACUGGCUUCUAUAUAGUCUUUGCAUUUAUGGAGCUCUAGUCCAAAGCAGGCCUCUUAAGAAUGUGAGAAAACUAUUGUUGUAUCUUGAGUCAAUCUUGAUAGCCACAUUUCUUUGACUAUGAAUUGGAGAAUGAAUGUAAUUGGAAAAGAAGAGAAUAAAGAAAAACUUUGGAGAUGUU